AAAUGCUCCGUAUACGGAAGGGUCCUUUGAAGGGCUAUCUCUGCCGUGUAAUUCGGAUAUUCCGAAAUGAUGUAACUGUUAAGCUAGAUUCUUUGCUGAAGAUAGUUACAGUGCAAGCAGAGUUUCUCUCAGUCCCGACUAAAAGGGGGGAUAACUCAUGUAGUGCUCCAUCUAGUUCUUUUGGAAAUCAUGAUACAUCAUUUUUGGGUUCAGAAACAGCCAAAACCUCAUGGGACAAUGGAUUUACAUCUCUUGGCAGUGAUUCUUGGCAACCUUCAAGUUCUGCAUUUCCAGCCCAGAAUGCAGAUGGAGAAGCAGAAGUUGAUCCUUGGUGUAAGAAACCAACAUCUGCUGAUGGUGAUUCUGAUCCAUGGGGCAAUAGCACUACACAAAAGGAAAGCUCCAGUGACGAUGCAUGGGGUAAACCAGCUGGAGGUAGUAGUGGAUUUGAUGCUGGUGGCAGCUCUUGGGGUGGAGCAGCAGUCAACAAGGAUAGUGAAAAGAGUGACAACUGGGGUGAAGCAUGCAAGGUGGUGGACAUGGCAACUGGUGGUGACACAGAUCCUUGGGGCAGUAAGGUUAAAGUAGUUAAGGAAGCAGAUAGUUGGGGAAACUUGCCAGGGCCACCAGAGAAGGAAGAGGACGGUCAAGGAUGGGGCCAACCUUUUGGCAAGUCAAACCAAGAUCAAGAAAAAGGGACAGGAUCGAAAGACACAGACAAGAGUGGGUCUUGGGAUACUGCUGUUGCUAUUCGUGUCGGCUCGGAUGAUGAUGCCUGGGCUAAGUCUGAUGCUUUGCCUGUUGCUCAAGAUGAUGCCUGGGGGAAGAAGUCAAAAGACACCAAUGGUGACCAAGCAGCUGAGUGGAACAAAGCUGGAUCAUCAGACCAACUUGGUGGCAGUGAUUGGAGUACACCAAAAUUUUCUGGGGGUGCUGGUUCAUCAAGCUGGAACAAGGGAGAGGCAGUUGGGGGAGAUAGUCAGAAUAGCACCUGGAGCAGACCUGCUGGAAACUUUGAAGCUGGGCGUGGGUUUGGGCAAGGACGUGGGAGAGGCCGGGGCCGGGAAUCUGGGGAUUCGGGUGGCAGAAAUGACCAAGAAAGCUGGAAGGGAUCAUGGGAUAAUGACAAUUCUGCAAAGCCCUCUUGGAGGUCUGGUACACAGGUAGAUAACGAAGUUGGAGAUUCUGGUGGAUACAGGGGAAGAGGAAGGGGCCAAUAUGGAGGACGAGGGAGAGGAAGAGACAAUGGUGGGAGAAAUGGAAAUGGAGGCGGCUCUGAGUUUGGAAGGGAAAGGAGCAGUGGUGAUACACCAAACUGGGGAAACAGUCAGCCUUGGAGUGGCAGUGAAGGCACCAAGACAUGCGAUGAAAAUCAGACUUCCACCUGGAACUGCUCGGAGGAUAAAAAACUGUCUGGAGGUGAAGAAGAUGAUCCUUGGGGGAGCAAGGUGGUUACAAAAGGUGAACAAGAUGAUCCUUGGGGGAGCAAGGUGGUUACAAAAGGCCAAGAGAAACAAAAUGAUGCUUGGUCAAGUAAGGUGACUUCGACUGCAGGUGCCGAGAACAAUGAUGGCUGGAACACAAAGGCGAAAGAGUUAUCCUGCAGCCUUGGGUCUAAGUCGGAGAAUGCUGCAUCUGGUGAAGAAGGACGAGAUGAUCCUUGGUCAAGCAAGAUUGUUUCUACUCCUAAAGGCAAGGAACAAGAAACUGAUCCCUGGGCAAGCAAAGUAUCUUCUACUGCAGCAGUGGAAAAAGCUGACACCUGGGGCAAUGGAAAUGGAGGGAGUUGGAACACUUCUGGUUCCUCUGUUGGGCAUCAGGAAUCUUCUUGGGGCAAACCAAGCUCCUCAAGUGGAGAUCAAGAGCCAGCUUGGAAGAAGCCAAAUUAUGGUGAUGAUAAGACUGGAUUCGGUAGGGGUGGAUUCGGAGCUGGGAAUCGAGGCAGAGGGAGAGGAAGGUUUGGGGACUCGUCAUGGGAUGGAGGAAGUAACAUAAAUGAUGGAUCAGGUGGAGAAAGGUCUGAAGGUGGCAGAGGAAGAGGUAGAGGGCGUUUUGGUAGAGGUGAUCGCAAUCAAGGCAACAACUUUGGGUCAGGAGACAGGGAUGGAGGCAGUUGGAGCUCUGGCAGGGGAAACGGAGGCCGAGGUGGUGGUUACAGAAACUCGAAUGACAACAAUGAGGGAAGGUCCUCCAGUCAAGAUGGUGGUGGUGGUUGGUCUCAGUCGACGGACUGGAAUGCCAGCAAAAAGGGAAACACCGAAGGAGAUCAAGCUUUUUCACAAGGCAACUCCAGCUGGGGAAGUGACAAAAAUGAUAGCUGGGGAGCUCCGAAGCCAUCUGGUGGAGGUGAUCAGGCAGGAAAGAAGGAUGGAAACAACACCUGGAAUCAAAACAAGCCACCUUCUGGCGGUGGAUCAUCUAUCCUGGGCCAGCCACCUUCUGGCGGUGGAUCAUCUAUCCUGGGCCAGUGGGGUGGUCCACCUGGCGACACUACUGCUGGCAGAGGUGGAGGAUCUGUUGGGGGAGGAUCGUGGGGAAACAACGAAGAAAAGUCCAGCUGGGGGAGUGACAAAAAUGAUAGCUGGGGAGCGCCAAAACCAUCCGGUAGAGAUGAGGCAGGCAAGAAGGAUGGAAACAACACCUGGAGUCAAAGCAAGCCAUCUUCUGGCAGUGGAUCCUCCAUCCUAGGUCAGUGGGGUGCUCCUCCUGGUGACACUACAGCAGGCGGAGGAGGAUCAUGGGGAAAGAGCAGUGAUGAUGGCUGGAAUUCGUCAAAAGGAACUGGAGGUUCAGAAGGUGGUUCUAGGAAGGAAGGAUCUUCGGACAAGGCCGAAGGGAGCGGGAGCCAAGGAGGCGGUGGUGGCAGUUCCUGGGACAAGGCAGGUGGUGGUGGAUGGGACAGCAGCAACAAGGGUGGGGAUGCUGGCAGUGGUGGUGGUGGGUGGUAAGCUUGCUCCAGAAUCAGCUGCGCCUGAUCUUUGGGCUUGUACGUAAAGGGUUUGCACUAUGUAGUAUGUACAUCUCUGUGCUGUAGCACGGUACCUGUGGUUGGUUCCUUUGCCAUUGGCUACUUGAAUCUUAUAAACAUGGCCUAGCUGGGGCAGGACGUUCCCUCUUAGUGGCAGUUAGUAGUGCCAGCUAAACGUUGCCUAGUAACUGAAGUACCUUUUCUAUUAUCUUGUCUGAGAUUUCCACGUGGUUAUUAUUGCAAUGCUAUGUCAUGGCGAUGCCCUUGGUUGGAUGCA